AUGAAUCAAGCAUUGUCCCCUCUCCCGUCACUUUCUAACCGCCGCAGCAUCCGCGGUGUGUACAUGCAGUUGGGCUGGCGGGCGCACUCAAAUAUGCAGCACAUGCAGGCCGCGCAGCGCAUGGCAUGGCAUCGCGUUGCGUCGCAUCAACCAUCAACGCUAAAGUGCGCAAAGCUAAAGCCCAUGUGGCCUUUCUGA